GGUGCGGCAUAUUGUUUUGUAAGGGAGAAAUGAAACUAAACUGAGUAUAAGGAGGAGUGUCUCACUGUCUGCCAUUACUUGUGGGGACAGUAUGAGAGGAGAUGGGAGCUGCUCGUCGUUUAUGAGGAAUUGAAUUAAAGGAGUGAAAACUCUUCCCACAAAAGUAACAAUGGAUAGGACGCAUAGAUCAAAUCCACAUAGCAAUGGUAGAAAAAGUACAGGCAGUCAAAACGCCCAGCAUGAAAGGCGAAAUGUGGGAGAAAGGGAGAAAAGAAACUUUCCAUUUCUUUUGCCAGAUGACCCAUUUAACUUUUUUGGUGCAACCGGAGGCCAAUCUCCUAUUACAAAACCUAAAAAUGAAGCAUAUAGAACUCGAAGAGGAAGAGCCCAUUCUGAGAGCAGAGGGGGAACUGGGACAAGACUUGAGGUCCAUCACACGUCUGGUGCCCAGCACAACAAAACGUCUUCUGCUCAAGGAGCCUACAGAGAUAGAUCAAAGCAAAAUGAUACAGCCGAUGGUAGAAGAAGAGGUAAUCCACAAGAUCAAGCAACAGGACAUGGAAGACAGAAGCAGCACUAUGGUACUCCUGAGAGGAUAAUGAGUCAUCACAAAAGUCCUGUGAGAUAUGGUAGCCAAAACUUGGCUGCAUCUUUUAGCGCAGAGAUUAAAGCAUCAGAUACAUUUAGUACCUUCCAGACAAGAAAAACUGGACUUGCAAUGAGAGCAAAAAGUGUGCAGAAUCUUUCCAAGUUCCACAUGGAGUCUAAAACAGAGGAUAAUAGUAGGAACAGACGUGAUAUACCCUUUAGCCACAAAACUCACAAGGAUAAGACAAUAGAUGUCCAUACGAUUUCCAAACUAGCCACAUUGGAGCCAUCCGAAAUCAUAAUGAAACUGGCUGCUCCAGGAAGUGGUUUAAAGGAAUUUCUUAAUAAAAGUACAAUAGAUUUUCAAAUCAUUGAAGGUUUCAUGAAUAUCUUAAAUACAGUUAUCACAAGCGCAACAAAUAGGCAGAAUGUAAUACAUAUCCUAAGUCAAGUGCAUGGAUCUAUUUUCCUAAAGCAAGUUCUUCCAUUUCACAUUUUGGACACUUCUAAAACUUUAACCCAGCAACACAGAAAAUAUUUAUUUUUUGAACAUAUUAUUACUUUGGCCACAGAACUGGCAAGUGUGUUACCAUCCAGUUCGUUUAUGGAAGUAACCAUAAUUAAGACCCUCAUUCAAAAUGCAUUUCUUGACAUGGAAGUUAAUGGCAAUAUUGUGUCUUCUGCAGAUAAUAAAAAGAAAUUGGCGGAUCUGGAAAAGUUCCUUCAACACUUACAAGAAAAAAAAGGGGAAGGAUCUUUGAAAUCAGACAAUUACAUUUAUAUUAUAGGGAACAGACAAAGCAUAGGAAGUGACUUUAGACAACUAUCGAUUUAUCCAACAUACGAAGACAUCUGUUUGUCUCAAAAGCCAUCCAUGCGGCCAAAUAUUAUUGAUGGAUCCUAUGCAGAUGCCAGGUGUUACUUAGAUACACAUUUCCGCCUUUUGAGAGAAGAUUUCAUUCGUCCUCUAAGAGAUGGAAUAUGUGAACUUGUUGAACUGGACAAAAAAGAUCUUAAUAAUGCUAAAAUUGAUGAUAUCAGAAUUUAUUGUGAUACUAAGAUCUUGUUUCCAGUAUGUACUCGUGCUGGAAUUGUUCAUGAGGUCAAAUUUAGUACCAGUAACUUAAAACAUGUUCGCUGGGAGAUCUCAAAACGUCUUCUCUAUGGAUCCCUUGUCUGCCUUUCUAAAGACAACUUUAGAAAUAUGCUUUUUGCAACUGUGGCAGAUAGAAGUGUUGAUGAUCUCCCAAAAGGAUCUAUAGCUCUUAUAUUUACAGAAGAAAGUCGACAGCAGUUGAUAAAGUAUGCGGUAGAUGAUACUUUUCUCAUGAUUGAAGCCACAGCCUAUUUUGAAGCAUAUCGUCAUGUGUUGGAAGGCUUAAAGGAAAUGGCGGCCAGUGAAGUUCCAUUCCAAAAUUAUAUUGUCCUUUGUAACACAGCAAUGUCCCCACCUUUAUAUCUCUCUCAGAAUCCUUCUGGUUUCACCUUGGAAAAGCUGCUUCAAUCUGGCAACUCUACACUGCAACAGGAUCAUAGUACAAGAGCCCCUUUCUCACUACAUACUGCUUUGUCGAACAUGCAUUUAAAAAGGCAAUUUAAUGUUCUUGAUUCCAGUACUUGGCCAACCAAAGAGGAACUGCAGCUUGACCAGUCUCAAUUCAGAGCUCUUCAAAUGGCUCUUACAAGUGAGCUGGCUAUAAUUCAAGGACCCCCAGGAACAGGUAAAACCUAUGUGGGGCUAAAGAUUAUGCAUGCUCUCCUUAAUAACUCUAACCUUUGGAAGCAGGGAAAUAGUCCAAUAUUGGUUGUGUGUUACACUAACCAUGCCCUUGAUCAAUUUCUGGAAGGAGUUCUCAAGUAUUCGAAGUGCAGCAUUGUUAGAGUGGGAUCCAGAAGCAACAGUGAAAUUAUGCAAAAAUGUUCACUUAUGAACAUUCGACGUCAAAGAAGUCGUCAAAAACUACCUGGUUACAUGAGAGCUUUACAUGCUGAGCUAUCAGAUGAAAGGGAGUUACAUCAGAACAAGCUCAUUGAAAAAGCAGCACUUCUACAAAAUGCUACUCAAGGAGUUCUUCAUGAGAACAUACUGGAAAAAUAUAUACCACCUCAUCAUUUUCGUAACCUAAUGUUAACAAAGGAAUAUCUGGAAAUUGAAAGUGACUCAGAAAUUUCAAGUAUAAUUUUAGAAUGGCUGGGAAUUUCAGCAAUCUAUCAAAAGGCACCAGAAAAAAAAGAAGAUGUAAAAUUAUGGGACAUUGAAAACUUUCUUGAAGAAAAUGAUGAACUCAGUGGAGAGUCAAUGCGUACUGUGGACGCAGCAGAUGAUGAGUUUAUAAAAGUUAGUGAUGAAGCUGAACUAGCAGAAGCUGAGAGAAUGAUUGAGGAAGAUGAUGACAUUAAGAAUCAAAUCAGAGAGGCCCGACGGGUUGCAGAACGUACAAAGAAAGAAAGUUUGGUGUUUGUACCUAACGAGAAGGAAAAUGAGGAUCUGGAAACUGAUACAGAAUUAGAUGAUCAAGAUGGCUGGGAGAUACCCGCAAAAACAAAAAAGAAACUGAAGAAAAGGAUAAAGCAUGAGCUCCAUGAGACAAGUCACAUGAAUGAAGAAGAAUGUGAGCUGAUAGUGGAUCUAUGGCAGCUGUCCCUUAAAAAACGCUGGGAAGUUUACAGAUGCUGGAGAUCAAAAUAUUUGUGUGAUAUCCGCAAUGAAGUAUUUACAUUGGAAAACCUAUACCAAAUAGUAGUAAACAGAACGGCUGAACUAAGAAACCAAGAGGACCUUUUAAUAUUACAAGAGGCUGAUAUUAUUGGCAUGACUACCACUGGUGCAGCCAGGCUUAGAAACUUGCUCCAAAAUGUUCAACCUAAAAUUGUUAUAGUAGAAGAAGCAGCGGAAGUUUUAGAAGCUCACAUUAUUACUACACUUAGUUCCAGCUGUCAACACCUUAUACUCAUUGGGGAUCAUCAACAGCUCCGUCCAAGUACUACUGUAUAUGAACUGGCUAAAAGCUUUAAUUUGGAAGUAUCAAUGUUUGAAAGACUUAUCAGAAUGAAAGUACCAUAUGUACGCUUGGACUAUCAGCAUCGCAUGAGGCCAGAAAUUGCUCAGCUACUAACACCUCACAUUUAUGACAAGCUGGAGAACCAUGCUUCUGUACUGAGUUAUGAAAACAUUAAGGGUGUUUGUCACAAUCUCUUCUUUGUGGACCACAACCAUCUCGAGGAACAUAUUAAAGAAGGCAGGAGUCGUCAGAAUGCCCAUGAAGCCGCUUUUGUGAAGUCACUUUGCCUCUAUUUCAUACAUCAAGGCUACUCUCCAUCACAGAUAACAAUACUCACUACUUAUUCAGGGCAGCUUCAUUGUUUACAAAAGAAGAUGCCAAAAUCUCAAUUUCAGGGCAUCAGGGUAUGUGUGGUUGAUAAAUAUCAAGGUGAGGAAAAUGAAAUUAUCAUCCUCUCACUGGUGAGGAGUAACCUAGAAGGCAAUGUUGGUUUCCUUAAAAUACCAAACAGAGUAUGCGUUGCUUUAUCAAGAGCUAAGAAGGGAUUAUUUUGUAUAGGAAACAUGGAAUUAUUAUCCAAAGUACCACUCUGGAGCACAAUUAAGGAUGUAUUACAAGAACGCGGUCUUAUUGGCAAGGAGUUAAAGCUCCAAUGCGUCAACCAUCCUAAUACUGAAACAUAUGUAUCUACAUCUGCCGACUUUGAUAAUGUUCCAUUAGGUGGAUGCAAAAUUCCUUGUCAAUACAGAUUAAACUGUGGCCAUGUUUGUCCACUUUUGUGUCACCCUUUUGAUCAACAGCAUAAAGAAGUUGUAUGCAGAAAGCCUUGUACGAAAAAUGCUUGUGAAAAUGGGCACAAGUGCAAGAAGUUGUGCAGUGACCCUUGUGGUAGAUGCGAAGAGCUUGUACCAAAGGAGAUUCCAUUGUGUGGACAUAUCCAAGAUGUUCCAUGUUCAAUACUUCCAGAAAUAUUCUGUUGCAAAGUGCCAUGCAUAAAGAUGUUACAGUGUGGCCACAAAUGUGUCCGAUUAUGUGGCCAAGACUGCACCAAAAAUUGUCCUGAAAAGGUAACAGUUACACUGAAAUGUGGUCACACUGUUAAAACAUUGUGUCACAUGAAGUCAGAGGUAGAGUUGUCUGGCACCACACUGAAAUGUCAUGUGAAAUGUGAGGAAAAAUUGGAUUGUGGACACAUCUGCCCUGGAAGCUGCAGCCGCUGUGGUGGUUGUGGCUUUCACUUGCCAUGUGCAGAACCUUGUGGCAUUCCACUUUACUGUUCCCAUAACUGUGAAGAAAAGUGUGGCACUGGCUGCUUCUGUAUUCGUGCUUGCGAAAAGUCAUGUUUUCAUGGAAAAUGCCCUAGGAAAUGCAGUGAACCCUGUAUUCCUUGCACAAAACCUUGUGGGUGGAUGUGUGGGCAUAAAAGGUGUACAAAACUUUGCUGGGAGCCUUGUGAUAGAGAGCCAUGUAAUAAACCUUGCAAAAAAAAUCUUAAAUGUGGUCACCCAUGCAUUGGCUUUUGCGGAGAGCCAUGUCCAAAGAAAUGCAGAGUCUGUGAUCCCGACGAAGUGAAAGAAUUGAUCUUUGGAAAUGAAGCAGACCCUGAUGCCCACUUCGUUCAACUUAUGGACUGUCCUCAUUUUUUUGAGGUGACAAAAUUCUCAGAAUGGAUGAGUGGGAAAGAUGCAGACCAAAUUAUUAAACUGAAGUCUUGCCCAAAAUGUUCAAAACCCAUCAGGAAAAAUUUACGAUAUGGCAAUUUGAUCAAGCAAACCCUUUCUGAUUUGGAGAAAGUUAAAGAAAGAAUCACUUAUAAAUGGAUGAAUGGUUUGGAAAUGUUCCUUAGUGAAAAUGACACCGAAUUACAUAACUUUCCACAGCUAAAUAAGACAGUGCAGCAGUUGCAAGAUGGCAACCUUACUCUGCGUUCACUGAUGUUAGUAGGUGAGAAGAUAACAUUCUUGCAAAAACUUGGAGCAAUUAAUAAUAAGAUUAAAAACAGCCCUAAAGUUCUAGUCAAAAUGCUUACUGAUAUUCAUAUUAUUUCUGAUGCCAUUGAUAAGUCUACAAGUAAACAUGACAUUAUAAAGAAGUACUAUGAUUUAUUCCGAAUGGCCUUAGAAGUGGAGGCUAAGAAGCACAUGCCAAGGGUUUUCCUUCAGAAAAUUGAAUCUCUGAUCCGAGAGUUAAACUCAGAAAAACACAUCAUGUGUUUGGAUGAAAUAUUUGCUAACCUGCAAACACUUCCAAAAUCCAUGGAACUUAUCAAUAUAGUAACGAAAAAACCAGACAUAUUUGACACAGAACUGCUAAAGCAAGACUUCUGGCACAGGUGUGAAGCAGGGCAUAUCUAUACUUCCAAUGUAGAUGAAAACAGUAGCUGCCCCCAGUGUAGUUUCAGUGAUGAAAAUGGCGAUGGAGAUGAAGCUCAAGAUUAGUUGUUCUUUCAAGUGACACAAAAAUCUACACUUUAUACUACAAAGUUUUUUUAUUAUUAUAUAAAAUAUAAAUAUAAAAACAUAAAAGAUGUAUACACAAAGAAAAUUAGGUUACAAGGUAUAAACAUCAUAUUAUAUAACAUUUAUUUUUACUCAUCAUUUUAUGAUUUAAAUAGCAGAGAUUACAUUUACGACUGGUUAACAAAUAGAAAAUAGAUAGAAAUAGUAAUAGUAGUAAAUAGAGAAUUUCAGCAAAUUAGAAUUUUACAUUUCAUAAGAUAGCAAUAAAAAAGCUGAAUUUUUUUUAACUUCGUUCCUCAUGUUUAAUUAUUUUACGGUCAGUUUGUUUAUGUGACUUUAGUAGAUUAGUUAAUAACUGCCAGAUCUGAGGUUAGAAAAAGUAGAAAAACAUUAUGAGGUCCAUGAAUAUUAUUAAAGGGGUACUCU